GGCUAGCUGAUGGGGUAGGGGCUUUGUCCAAUUCGUCUGCGUGGUGGUGGGAGAAACGUGGCGGCAGCCAGGGAAGCAGGAUGGUCUCAGAGUCAUGCGCCGCCAGCAGGUCUGGCAAGGUAUCUAAGGCAUAGGCUAGCAGGGAAAUUUCAGUUCUCCAGUUACCGUAGGACUUUGGUGGAAAACACAUUGCGGAUUUAUGGCGAUUCCAAAUUUGAAGACCAGUUUCUGCCAGGCUCAGCACAACUCCCCUGACAAGUGACCUUGGGGGCUGGCUCUAUGUGCAAUAUUCAACUGUGCUUUGAAGACUCUGGACACCGAGACAAUCCUCAAAAUUAACUGCAAGUAUACUUCCUUUAAUGACUCUGGUAAAAUCAAGCAUCAAGGAAACAAUGGAGGAAGACAAUCACCACCGUUGUCUCACUCAUGUCUAAAUGUAGGCCUGGCGGGUAAACUCGGUAUGUGCUGGAUGUUUUGAAAUCUCAAGGUACCAGUCUGAGGACGCUAAGGCCCAGGCUGAAUUCGAGCAAAUUCUAAAUAGUUGUCUGCCUAUCUUGGAGGAGCUUCUAACUGAGAAAAUAAGCCGAAUAAAGAAAAUAAAAAACAAACAAACAAUAGACCUUUUGUUGAGCUUAAUGUUCUCACGUUUCCAUCAGGCAGGCACACGCACGCUCUCUGGUUUACCAUAAUGAACCAUGUAGCCCCAGUGGAGAUCUGCUACGACAACAUGCGUUUUCUGAUAACUUACAACCCCACCAAUGAGACGAUACAUAAGUUCACAGAGGAACUUAAGAGCUACGGAGUGACAACCUUAGUCAGAGUUUGUGACGCCACAUAUGAUAAGACUCUAGUUGAAAACUGUGGCAUCCGUGUUCUAGACCUGCCCUACAGUGAUGGAGCGCCGCCCCCUGAUGAGAUAGUGGAUAAUUGGCUAGACCUGCUAAAAAACAAAUUCCGUGAGGAGCCUGGUUGCUGUGUGGCAGUGCACUGUAUGGCUGGGCUCGGAAGGUCACCUGUGCUGGUGGCACUUGCUUUGAUCGAGUGUGGAAUGAAGAAUGAAGACGCAGUUCACUUAAUCCGGCAGAAACGAAGGGGCGCUUUCAACACCAAACAGCUGCUUUUUUUGGAGCACUACCGUCCCAAGGUGAGGCCCCGAACACGAUCACGCUUCAAGGAUUCCACGGUGUACUGUUGCAUCCAAUAGGACAGAAGCUGAAGGCUUUCUCCACUAUGACGUUGAAAGGAUAUUCUUUGUAUCAGGAAUGGGGAUCUGGAAUCUUUCUUGUGCCAUCAACUAGUAGUGGAUUCAAUCGGUGCUGAAGCAAACAAUGGAGAAAUUCUUCUAUAAAAUGAAUUAGAAGGAAAAAACUAACAUACGUAUCAGAACAAGGACAAAGAAAACCUGAACCCUGACUCUCGCUCCUGCAGGCUAAAAGCACUCUUGAGUACACUCCCAUCAUGUGUCAACCAAGAGGCUUCACCAUAGGCUGUGAGUUUGGGUAAUGUUGGGCUUUCAUUCUCACAACUAUCACCAAAAUAAAUCUCUUGAUAAAUCACCUAGCCUUGGACAUUUUAUAAUAACAGGAAAAAUAAAGCUGAUAUUUGUC